AUGGCGGUCACUUGGGAACGUGUCAAGCUAGAGACAACCAGCGACCCAGACUUACAGACUCUGACCACCAUCAUUGAAUCAGGAUUCCCAGAGUUCCAGCAUGAGCUCCCACCUGCCCUUCAGGAAUACCACAGGUUCCGCCAGCACCUCCAUACCAUCGAUGGUGUCAUCCUCUACAAAAAUCGCAUUGUGGUUCCCACCUCUCUCAGAGAUGCGAUAUUGUCAACGUUACAUUCUGCCCACCAAGGGGUCACAUCAAUGACAGACCGAGCAGAGUCACCCAUCUUCUGGCCAGGCAUCACACCUGCCAUCACAGCACUACGUGAACGGUGCUCCCACUGCAACCGAAUGACUCCUCCACAGCCAAGUGCCCCACCGUACCCAUCAACACUACCAGCAUACCCGUUCCAAUGCAUCUGUGCUGACUACUUCCACUACAAAGGGGUCAACUACCUUGUAGCAGUAGACAGAUAUUCUAAUUGGCCAAUUGUUGAAAGAGCAAGGGAUGGUUCUGCUGGUCUUAUUGAAUGCCUCAGACGUGCCUUUGCAACAUAUGGUGUCCCCGAUGAAUGCGCAACCGAUGAAGGACCACAGUUCACUGCACAAUCAACACAACAGUUCCUGAAAGAUUGGGGAGACUAUCACUGCCUAUCCUCAGUUGCAUUCCCACACUCCAACUGCAGGGCCGAGAUCGGGGUCAAAACCGUCAAACGACUGAUCACCAAUAACACAGACCCACAUGGGGACCUGAACACCAAUGAAUUCCAGAAGGCGAUUCUACAGUACCGAAACGCCCCCGACCCGAACACGGAGUUGUCUCCUGCUCAGUGUGUCUUCGGUAGACCCAUUAAGGAUUUCAUCCCCAUACUGCCUGGGCGCUAUCUCCCCCAUCCUACCUGGCGCGAUACCCUCGCGUUGAGAGAAGCCUUACGAAACCGACACAUGCAAGCAUCAGAGAGGUGGGCUGAGCAUACCAAAAGGCUCCCUCCCCUGGUAGUUGGAAACCAUGUCAGAAUCCAGAACCAGACCGGACCUAACCCCACAUGA